AUGAAAUUUUUUAUUAAUGUAAUUAUAAUUUUAAUAGUAUGUGCUGCUUCAUUUAUCAAUUGUCAAGAAGCUCCAAUUGUUAAAGCAUACAGACCAACUGCUGAGGGAGUUGAAGGACAAGCGGUAGAAGGAUGGACUAUAUUUGGUUAUAAUUUCGAUUUAAAACAACUCAACACAGAAUUUAAAAUUGGUACCUAUCAAUAUGCCUCAACAUUUAAUACCGUGAGAAACCAAAGUGCUAUUCUUUUCAAUAAUUUGUUUGACUAUAAACCCCCAGUAUUCAAAAUUGGUGAAUCAUUCACAAUUACAGCCAAUAUUGCCUAUAAAGAUAUAGUUUCACAACCAAUAUCAUGUAAAUAUCAAGAAGCAAGUUAUCUUAACACCAAAAAAGAUGUAACUGUUGCCUUUGACAAAAAAGGAGGUAAAACUAAAAUCGCCGGUUCAUUCGCUGAUUUAGAUAUUUCCAAAUAUCAAGUAUUACUUAAAGAUAUCGAAUUUAAAGUAACAGCAAUUGAUAAAAACUCUAUUACUGUUCAAUACCCAGAAUUUAAAGGAGAAUUUUUUGGUUUUGAUUUAACACUUUUUAUAAUUCAUAAAGAAGUUUGUAUUUACGAUCAAACUGAAAAUAUUAUGAUUGAAGAAUAUUUAGAUCCAAUCUCUGCUGAAGAACCACCUAGAAGCGAAGAAGACUCAUCCAAAGGUAGUAAUCCAGGCUCUACACAUGCACCCACAUCCUCUGGUGAAAAUGUUGAUGAACCCUCCGAUGCAUUUAAAUCAUUUUCAAUACCAUCAAUUGUAAUUGUUACCAUUUGUUUAAUACAAUUGUUCUUUUAA